AUGACUAGAAGCUCUCAAACGGUUCGUGCAAACAUCUUGGACUUUGACGACGACUUUGAGAGGAAUUUGAGAAGAGCGAGAAAUCAGCAAGAACACAAUUCACCCAAUUCCGAAUCUGACCUUGAAGAAAACGUACAAGAAGAGGAGGAGGCCACGACAGGGAUAUUUGAAGAAGUUCAAGGCAUGGCGGUGGACAACCGUACACUCAAAGAGCUCUCGACCUCGGGAUUGGAUAAUGCCGCACCCUUGUGCAUCCAAUACCCCACGGCUGUCCAAGGUAAGUUUCGAGAUCCCGGACAACUCCCUAGUUCCACCAUUCCAAAUCCGAAGGGAGGUUUCGAAAGUGCAAAGGCAAUACUUUUGAGAAGUGGAAAAGAGAUUGGGGCAGGUUCUACACCAUCACAAACAGGUCCCAAAAGUGAUGUAAAUGUGCAAAUUGAAGAGGAGGAAUCAAGCAUGCCCACGGCAAAGGAGGUUCCACCUUUGCCGCAAGUCCCUAAGGCCCCCAAUCUGUCCAAUUCGGCCAAUAAGGGUAAGAAUGUGUCCCAUUCAGUUCAUACUAAUGUUUUCCCUUCAAAUGUGCCUUUUUCGAGUAGGUUCAUGCAAACGAAGAAAGAAGAGGCAGAAAAGGAUAUCCUUGAAACUUUUAGGAAAGUUCAAGUUAACAUACCUUUGUUAGAUGCAAUCAAGCAAGUCCCGAGGUAUGCUAAGUUCUUGAAGGAGUUGUGUACCACUAGGAAGAGGAUGUCGACUAAGGAAGUGGUAAAGGGAUAUCUUGAAGAUUUGAACGAGGAUGUGCUUGAAAAAGUCAUUACACAAGGCGUGGAAGGCAAAAACAAAGGGGCAGAUUUCAUGCAAACCCACGGCAUGAAUGACAAGAUUCUUGCCGUGCCCCCUAGUGAGGAACUAAUUGAAGUUGUGGCUGCCCUUGAGUCCUCACCUAAGCUUGAUGGUAAGUAUACUAACCGUGAGUCCAUUCCCAUUUCGACUAACAAAUUGCUUCCAUCCAUAAUUCAGGCACCUAUCCUUGAACUCAAGCCUUUGCCAAGCCAUUUGAAGUAUAUUUUCUUGGGAGAAAAUGAAACACUACCUGCCAUCAUUUCCUCCUCCCUCACGGCACAAGAGGAGGAGAAAUUGCUUCGAGUUUUGAAGGAGUUCAAAUCUGCCCUAGGUUGGACAUUGGCCGAUAUCAAAGGUAUAAGCCCUACGACUUGUAUGCAUCACAUAUUUCUUGAGGAGGGGGCUAAACCAACUAGAGAGGCUCAACGCCGUCUUAACCCUCCAAUGAUGGAAGUUGUGAAAAAGGAGAUAAUUAAACUUCUAGAUUGUGGGGUGAUUUAUCCCAUCUCCGAUAGUCGUUGGGUUUCACCUAUCCAAUGUGUGCCUAAGAAAUCCGGAGUGACAGUUGUGGAAAAUGCCGAGAAUGAGCUUGUACCCAUGAGGAUUCAAACCGGUUGGCGUGUGUGCAUUGAUUAUAGGAAAAUAAACGCCACCACAAGGAAGGAUCACUUCCCUUUGCCGUUUCUAGACCAAAUGUUGGAAAGGUUAGCCGGUCAUUCCUUUUAUUGUUUUCUUGAUGGAUAUUCAGGUUAUAACCAAAUUGUCAUUGCCCCGGAUGAUCAAGAAAAGACCACUUUUACUUGUCCCUUUGGAACGUUUGCAUAUCGACGCAUGCCAUUUGGCUUGUGCAAUGCUCCUGCCACGUUUCAAAGGUGUAUGGUAAGCAUAUUUUCUGAUUAUGUUGAAAAGAUUAUUGAGAUAUUCAUGGAUGAUUUUAGUGUGUUUGGUGAUUCAUUUGACAAAUGCUUGGAUAAUCUUGAAAAAGGAAUUGAAGUUGAUAAGUCUAAAGUAGAUCUUGUACGUUACUUACCCUCUCCUACUUCGGUUAGAGAGGUUCGUUCGUUUCUUGGUCAUGCAGGAUUCUAUAGAAGAUUUAUCAAAGAAUUUUCCAAGAUUGCACAACCCCUAUGCCGCCUCCUCCAAAAGGAUGUGUCUUUUGAGUUCAACGAGGCAUGUGAGAAGGCAUUCAAGCAUCUCAAGGAGCUACUUACCACGGCACCCAUCAUCACUCCUCCGGAUUGGUCCAUUCCAUUUGAAUUAAUGUGUGAUGCUUCGGAUUAUGCACUUUGGGCUGUUUUGGGUCAAAGAAAAAAUAAACAUUCCCAUGUUAUUUAUUAUGCUUCACGCACUCUAAAUGAUGCUCAAUUGAAUUAUUCUACAACCGAAAAAGAACUUUUGGCGGUUGUAUUUGCUUUAUAUAAAUUUAGAUCAUAUCUAAUUGGUACUAAAGUAAUUGUUUUCACUGACCAUGCAACCUUGAAGUAUCUUUACCAAAAGGAGGCUAAACCAAGGCUCAUUCGUUGGAUGCUUCUACUUCAAGAGUUCGAUAUUGAAAUUAGGGACAAGAAAGGUUGUGAAAACGUGGUGGCUGACCACUUGAGCAGAUUGGUGCGUGAAGAAGAGUCCCUCCCCAUUUCUGAGACGUUUCCGGAUGAACAACUUCUGUCCAUUAAGGUAAGUACCCCUUGGUAUGCCGAUUUGGUCAAUUUCUUGGUGUCUAAGCAAGUUCCUAACACCCUAAGCAAGGCCCAACGUGAUAAACUUAGAAAGGAGGUACGAUUUUAUGUGUGGGAUGACCCAUAUUUGUGGAAAAUCUGUCCGGAUCAGAUUAUGCGUCGUUGUGUGAUUGAAUCUGAAUUUCAUUCCAUUUUGAGUUUUUGCCAUUCAUGUCAAAGAAUGGGAAAUUUGGGCCAAAGGUACCAAAUGCCGCAAACCCCCAUUCUUGUUGUUGAAAUCUUUGAUGUGUGGGGUAUUGAUUUUAUGGGUCCUUUUCCUACAUCUUUUGGCUUUACUUACAUAUUACUUGCUGUUGAUUAUGUGUCGAAGUGGGUGGAAGCUAAAGCCACCCGAACUAACGAUUCUAGAGUUGUUGCAGAUUUCGUUAAAUCUAACAUUUUCUCUAGAUUUGGGAUGCCUAGAGUGCUUAUAAGUGAUGGUGGAUCUCACUUUUGCAACCGCACAAUUGAGGCAUUGUUGAGGAAGUAUAAUGUGAUGCAUAAGGUUUCCACACCUUAUCACCCCCAAACAAGUGGCCAAGCCGAGGUUUCCAAUCGAGAAAUCAAACAAAUCUUGGAGAAGACCGUUGUUGGUGUUAGUAGGAUUCUCUUACAACAAGGUGUUCCAUUUUAUGGGCAUGAUGAAUUUGAAAAUUCACUCAACCAAGGAAACUUUCUUGAAAUUCUACGAUGGCUAUGUCACUAUAAUGAGGGUAUAAAGGCUACCGCGCUAGAAAAUGCUCCUGAACAAUUGAAAUUGACAUCACCUGAUAUUCAGAAGAAUAUCUCAAGUGCUAUUUUAUAUGAAAUCAUCAGUGCAAUCACUAGUGAGAUUUGUGAUUCUUUAUUUUCAAUUCUUGUUGAUGAAUCACGAGACAAGUCUUCAAAGGAGCAAAUGGCCAUUGUAUUGCGCUAUAUGGAUAAUGGUCAUGUGAUAGAGCGCUUUGUAGGUAUUGAGCAUGUUGUAGAUACUAAAGCUUCCUCACUCAAUUUAGCCAUUGAUGAUACAUGGAUUAAGCAUAUCUCUAGUAGUAGUGGCAAAAAAAAUUCAGAAAUUGGAGAUCCCGUUACUAUAGUUUCUUCUGUAGUGAAUGUUGGUUUGGCAUCUUCUAAGCUUCAUGAUAUUCUUAGAGAGAAACAUACUCAUAUAGUUUUGGAAGCACUAGAAAAUAAUGAGCUUUCAAGUGGACAAAGUUUGAAUCAAGAAGCUACUCUUAAGCGGGUUUUGGGAAUCACAAACGAUUUAUCACUGACAUUGCAAAAGAAGGAUCAAGAUAUUGUGAAUGCAAUGAACUUGGUCAAUAUAUGCAAAGGAUGCGAGAAAGUGGUUGGGAAUCCUUAUUUGAUGAAGUUUCAUCUUUUUUGUGACAAGAAUCAUAUUAAAAUUCCUAGCAUGGAUAAUUUUUUUAAGAGUGGAGAGCGGCCAAACCGAAAAGCUCAUCCCAUCAUAGACUUGCACCAUUAUCGGGUUGACUUAUCCACCUAUGUCAUAGAUAAGCAACUCACUGAGUUAAAUGAUCGAUUUACUGAGAAGAAUACUGAACUACUUCUUUAUGUGGCAUGUUUAAGUCCAAGUAAUUCUUUUUCUGCCUUUGACAAAGAAAAAUUGAUGCGUCUUGCCCAAUUUUAUCCAAGUGAUUUUUUAAAGCAUGAUCUUGAGUUACUCAAAGAACAACUUAAGAAUUAUAUCUGGGACAUGACCUCUAAUAGUAAGUUUGCAAAUUUGAAAGGAAUUAGUGAUCUUGCAAAAAAGAUGGUUGGAACCAAGAAAGAUCAGACUUACCCGUUAUUGUACUUGCUUUUGACAUUAGCACUCAUCUUACUGGUUGCAACCGCAAGUGUGGAGCGAGCCUUUUCUGCUAUGAACAAGGUGAAGAACACCUUACACAAUUGA